AUGGGUCGCCGAGCGCUGCGUCCUAUACCCACACCAGAAGACCAACCCAGAGAUAUAGUCUGUUGCCUGGAUAACUUCCAAUUGAAGGAAGAAAUUCUGCGCACGGCUAGACGCAUAGGCACCAUCCGCAUGGAAGACCAGACCAUAACAAUUUACCAGGACCUCUCCCGCUACACGCUACAAGCCAGAUGGGCACUACGGCCAAUCACCACUGCCCUGCAACAUGCUGGCAUACAGUACCGCUGGGGCUACCCCUUCUCCCUCUCCGCCAGACACGGCCCGGAUUAUCUGACGAUACGGAAACCCGACGACGUCCACGCAUUCAUGCGCACCCUGGGACUCCCACCAGUAACGGUCCCCAACUGGCUGGCGAGGUCAUUCCUCCUACAACCAAACAGGCCCCAGCAGCCGCAAGGACGUGACCCGAACCAGCACAGACCUCAACCGCAACGCCACCGGGAUGGACACCCUGGCCGACCUAGACGCGAGAUGUAA